CCCAGGCCUUAGACUUGGCCUGCAUCUCAUCAGUGCCCCCGUCUGUCCGCUCCUGCACUGCAGACCCAGGGGCCACGGCCAUCCUCCCCUCUCCUUGCCCCUCCACAGCCUUCCUGUGGUGCUGCCUACCCCUCCUGUCUUCAUCCACCCCGUGGCUGCAAGUGCUAUGUCCAGUUCAGGCUGUGAAGCCAGAAACAGCGUGCAUUGGCUCCUUCACUGUAGGGCUGCUGGUUCCCUUCAGGGCACAAGAGGCAUCCUGGUCCUCCUGCCUCCUCAGCUCCAUUCCUGGCUGAGCAAGUGCCAGCCCGGAACUGUCCAGGGAAAAGAGGUCUCGCAGCCUUCUUGGCCCUGCUGUUGUGACUGCAGUCACAUGCCCCACCCAGUCUGACGUUUUUGAAACCCUGCCAGGCUUCCCACCAUCUUUAGAAAAAAGACUUGGCUUCUUUCUUUAGCUCCUAGGCCCAGGCCCCUGCUGCCCCAGCCCGGCCCCUCUGGCUUCAGUCCUCCACGGGGCACUCACCACUCCCCCAGGGCGCUGCCUGCGCCUGUGCCUGCUCCCUGCUCUGCCCCUCGCCCACCGGAGACCUGGGCCCUGGACAGAUCCCAUGACAAACUGCCCCGUGGGGCAGUGACCACUGUCCUGUCCCCUCAACCCUUUUUGGGCAGUACUUGUGUCACUAGUGGCUCCUGCCCUUGGCCAACAUGGCUGGUGAGACAGCCAUUCAGGAGAAAGGGGGCGGGCUGUGGUUACUUCUGGUCAGAGCUGGUGUCCUCCAGGCCCCAAGCUACACAGGAAUGGGCUUCCCCAGGGGAGUUGGGGCCCUGAGACCACCCUCGGAGAGUUUUACUCUUGAGGACUUAGGGUGCAGGACCCGAAAGUCAUCUUGGUGCCAGCUGGUGAUGGUCACACGGCGCCACACUCGUUCCUGAACGACACAUCGUGAGCACCUCCACAGACUCGAAUCACCUCUACCUGCUGUCCCUCCCAGGCCGGGGCUGGCUUCCGCGUGGGGCGGGGUAAAGCCUGGCGGGAUGUGUUACCACUGCCCUCUCCUACCCUCCACCCCCUCGCUGUAGGGCGGGGCCGAGAGGGGCUGGGAUGACCAGCGAAGAGCAGACACAUGCCCCACUCAAGCCCAGUCCGGCUGCUGGGACCCUUUGGUGUCCGGAGGCCGGCAGGCCCCGCCCCUUGCAGUCACCGGGUUUGCGGCGCGUCAGCGGGCGUCACGUGGGCCGGGGCGGGGUGGCCAGAGUCCGGCGGCCGAGCCGAUGGCGGCGGAGCCGGAGCCCGAGGGGCGCGCGGCGGGGCCGCUGCUCUCCGACCUCUACCACAUCACCAUGGCGCUGGGCUACUGGCGCGCGGGCCGGGCGCGGGACCCCGCCGACUUCGAGCUCUUCUUCCGCGCCUGCCCGUUCGGCGGCGCCUUCGCCCUGGCCGCGGGCCUGCGCGACUGCGUGCGUUUCCUGCGCAGCUUCCGCCUGCGGGACGCAGGUACCCCCCCGGCCCGACGAGAGGCCCCCACGGCCGGAUAAGACUCGGCCUGACAAGCCCCUUCCCUUCCCGCGCGCCGACGAGUCCCCCACCGCCCCGCGUUCGCCCAGCCCACAAGGGCCUCUGUCGCCCCCAGACGUGCAGUUCCUGGCCUCGGUGCUGCCCCCAGACACGGAGCCCGCGUUCUUUGAUCACCUUCGGGCCCUCGACUGCUCCGGGGUGACGCUCCGGGCCCUGCCCGAGGGCUCCCUUGCCUUCCCCGGCGUGCCGCUGCUGCAGGUGUCCGGGCCGCUUCUGGUUGUGCAGCUGCUAGAGACGCCGCUCCUCUGCCUAGUCAGCUACGCCAGCCUCAUCGCUACCAACGCAGCACGGCUUCGCCUGAUCGCGGGACCAGAGAAGCGGCUGCUGGAGAUGGGGCUGCGGCGUGCCCAGGGCCCCGACGGGGGUCUCACGGCUUCCACCUACAGCUACCUGGGCGGAUUCGAUGCCAGCAGCAAUAUGCUCGCAGGACAGCUUCGGGGCGUGCCGGUGGCCGGAACCCUGGCGCAUUCCUUCAUCACUUCCUUUUCAGGCACCGAGGUGUCCCCUGACCCGAUGCUGGCUCCGGCUGCUGGCCCGGGCCCCAGGGUGGACCUGGCUGCCUGCGUAGAGGCAUGGCUGGAGCGUGUGUGCGUUCACCUGGGCCUGGGGGUGCACGAGCCGCACCGGGGGGAACGAGUGGCCUUUGUGGCCUAUGCCCUGGCCUUUCCCCAGGCCUUCUAUGGCCUGCUGGACACCUACAGUGUGCAGAGGAGUGGUCUUCCCAACUUCCUGGCAGUCGCCCUGGCACUGGGGCAGCUGGGCUACCAGGCAGUGGGCGUGAGGUUGGACAGCGGUGACCUGCUUCAGCAGGCCCAGGAGAUCCGUGGGGUCUUCCGGACCAUUGCGGCCCAGUUCCAGGUACCCUGGCUGGAGUCGGUCCCCAUCGCCGUCAGCAACAACAUCGACGAGGAGGAGCUGGCCCGGCUGGCCCAGGAGGGCAGUGAGGUCAACGUCAUCGGCAUUGGCACCAACGUGGUCACGUGUCCCCGCCAGCCUUCCCUGGGCUGCGUCUACAAGCUGGUGUCCGUGGGAGGCCAGCCACGAAUGAAGCUCACCGAGGACCCUGAAAAGCAGACGUUGCCCGGGAGCAAGGCUGCCUUCCGGCUCCUGGGCUCCGAUGGGUCUCUGCUGUUGGAUGUGCUGCAGUUGGCAGAAGAGCCACCACCCCAGGCUGGCCAGGAGCUAAGGGUCUGGCCUCGAGGGGCCCGGGAGUCCUGUACUGUGAGGCCGGCCCACGUGGAGCCGCUGCUGCGACUCUGGGUCCAGCAGGGACAGCUGUGUGAGCCCCUCCCAUCUCUGGCUGAAUCCAGAGCCUUGGCCCAGCUGUCCCUGAGAUGCCUCAGUCCUGCACACAGGUGGCUGGAGCAGCCUGCACUGUAUCAGGUCGCUCUGUCUGAGAAGCUGCAGGCCCUGGUGGACAGACUGACUGCCGGAGGCGCCCUGUGAGAAUCCUGUGGUGGAGGCUGCCUGAAAUUAACAUGAGUCACUCACUGUCCCCCACAACUUGUUACGUGUCGUUUUUUCACCUGGCCUGCCACCCACUUGACUGCCAGGGCCUUCCCGGGUGGGCUGGAAUCAGGAGUCAGAGCAAGAGUUCAUGCUCCCAGGGGAGGCCCAGGCCCGGCCAGGGUGGGGAGGCAGCCCCGUGCUGAGGCCUGACAGUGGUGAGGAGCUAGGCCAAGGCCAGGGAGUGUCCAGGUCUCGGGGAGCUGGACUUCAGGGGCAGAUCUGAGGCUGGA